UUUCAGAAUAAAGAGAGCGAGAAAAUGUGUAAACUUGGUGAAGUGCUCCACAAGCUCCAGCUUGCAAACCUCACAAACAGAGACUGCAGCCCAUCCAGCUCACAGGCUCGCACCUAAUACAACAUGCUACAGCUAGAAGAAUUCACUAGAAUGAAUGAAAACAGCCACUGUGACAUUCAAAGCUCACCCUGUGUUCUCUGUGGACGGACAGAUGACUGCCCUGAAAAGUAUGGCGAAAAGAGAACCUAUGUGGAAUACAAUCUCACUGUUCAUUAUUACUGUUUGUUGAUGUCAAGUGGCAUUUGGCAGAGAGGAGAAGAAGAUGAAGGUGUAUAUGGCUUUUUAAUCAGAGAUAUACGAAAAGAAGUAAAUAGAGCUGCAAAACUGAAAUGUAAUAUCUGUAAGAAAAAGGGUGCUUCAAUUGGAUGUGUAGCUCCCAAAUGCAAGCGAAGUUACCAUUUUCCCUGUGGAAUCCAAAAGGAAUGUAUUUUCCAGUUCAUGGAAGACUUUAGGUCUUACUGUUGGGAACAUAAACCAGUCCAAAAGUUUUCAGUUAAGGAAUCUAGAGAAUCUUCACAGUGUACAAUCUGCCUGGAUUUGGUUGAACAGCUUCCUUUGUACAGUGUACUGAAAAGUCCUUGCUGUAAAAAUGCUUGGUUUCAUCGAGAAUGCUUGCAGUAUCAAGCGUUGAGUGCUGGGGUAUUUUUCUUUAGGUGUACAGUAUGUAAUAACAAGGACAAAUUUCAGAAGGAAAUGUUGAGAAUGGGCAUACACAUUCCAGAAAAGGAUGCAUCUUGGGAACUUGAAGAGAAUGCAUAUCAAGACCUACUGCAGUGUUAUCAGCACUGUGACAUUAGAAGAUGUCUCUGCAAGAAAGGAAGAGACUAUAAUGAACCUGAUAGUAAAUGGGAAAUAAAGCGCUGUCAGUGUUGUGGUUCCCGCGGAACUCACCUGGCCUGUUCAUCUAUGAAAUCAUGGGAGCAAAACUGGGAGUGCAUGGAGUGCAGGAGUAUCUUUGCAAAAUCAGGGAACUAUAGCAAACAGCAAAAGCGUUCUUUGGCUACCUCUGAAAAGACAGAUGUGACCACUUGUUUGUUGGAAGAGCCUUCUCCAAAGUGCCCUCGGCAGUCAUCUGGAUCUCAACACAGCUUUCUUCUCCAAUCACCAAAGAUAAUGUGCCAGAACAACUUGACUCCCUGCUCGCGCCUAGAACUUCCAGCAUCCAACAGAAUGACAAUGUCCUUAUCUCCACUGAUGUCAAACAGGAACUGGUCACUGAGGAAAAAGCAUCUAAGACAGCAGAGAAGGGAGGUGUCUAGUAUACUGAAGGAAUUACAGCUACAAGUUAAUACAAAAACUACAAGGCUUAACAUCAAUACAGAAAAUAUCUGGAAUAGUGCUUUAAAGGGAUUUAGACAGCGCAACUUUAGUCCUACAAACACUAUUGAAAUAAAGUUCACAAGCUGCAAAAAUAGGUUGAAGAUGGAUACUUCUCAUGGAUCAAAACACCGUUUCUUCCAAUUAUUAAUGCUUCAUCUUCAGAACUCAUCGCUGUUUGAGGGCUCUUCUGCAAAGAAUCUGUCCCUUGAUUCUCAAGCUCUCAAAGAGAAUCUGUAUUUUGAAGCUGGCAAAAUGAUUGCAGUGUCUCUGGUUCAUGGUGGCCCAUCUCUUGGUUUCUUUUCCAAAACAUUGUUCAAUUGUCUUGUCUAUGGUCCGGAGAAUGUGAAACCAGCUUUGGAAGAUGUUGCUGAUGUUGGUGUAGCACAAACAAUAAAAAUGAUAAAAUACGCAAAUAGUUUGGCCAGCCUACAGUCAACAGUACAUGACUGCUAUGAAUUUCUUGCUGCUGCUGAAUGCUUAAGACCUGUAACAGCUUUAUGUGAUAAGAAUGUGUUGGUGAAUGACAUCUUGAUCCAUCAUGUAAUCAAGAGAAUUAUUUCACCUUUGGAAAGUUUUAGGCAAGGUCUGAAAACUCUUGGUGUGCUAGAGAAAAUGCAGAUGCAUCCAGAUGCGUUCUCUAGCAUAUUGUGUCAUAAACCUGAAAGGCUUUCAGCGGAAACUCUUUGUGAUCUCUUUACAAUCCAUUGCUCAUCAGAUAUAAAAAAAGCUGAAGGUGCUGAUUUUUGGAUGGGUUAUUUGCAGGAUGUGGAAAGUGGUGAAUCUGUAGUGACACUGGAGGACAUUCUGCUCUUUGGAACAGGCUCUUUUUCUAUACCACCUGUUGGUUUUGAUCCUGAACCCACAGUUAAAUUUUUGCAUAGAAGGUAUCCUGUUGGAAACAGACUCCUUAAUUGCCUAGAGCUCCCAAUAACAAAAACUUAUGAGCAGUUUAAAAAUAAAAUGGAGUUCACCAUUAGAAACACACUAAGAGUAGAAAGAGAAUAAAUAUUUUUGUUACUAAACUGGAUGCUGGAAAAUUUUAGUUUUUCUGUGGGAGUGUCUGCUUGCAACUACUGCAUUUUCAGACGGCAUGCUCUCUGCCUCUUUCCUCUUUUCCCCUGAAGAUAUGCUAAAAGUGGUAAUAAUGCAAGAUGGAAAACAAUUUGGAAAUGAAAAUUUGAUAUUUUCUGUUGAAUCAUCUUCCUGUUUGAAGCUGGCUUCAAGAGCCAGCAGUCUCUUGCAACACAGUCCUUAAAAAUUGGUACUCUCGCUAUAGACAGAUGUGAACUGUUACACAUCUCCGUAACAUUUUUAGCUAUUUCCAAGACCUAAGUAUGUGUACGUAUUGCAUACUUUUGACUUUCAUAAAUAAUUUUUUUAUCAGCUGUAUUUUUAAGAUAACUGCUAUAGAGCUGUGUCUCUUAAGUAAAACUGAUGCAGUUUUUCCAGUUGCUUUGUGUAUACUUUUUCACUAAUUUUUUUUCACCGAUUCAUUUAUAUGUUGAUGAUUCCUUUAAACCUAUGAAAGUUAGGAAAUACGGAGUUUUAAAGGUAUUGUUUAGUGCAUUAACAUAUAACUGAAGUUUGGAGAAUACCUAGACAAAACAAUCAAGUGCAAGAACAAAAUCUGGUUUUAACUUGAGUUUUUGCUGUUAAAUAAAAUCUUUGGCAUUUGCACAUGUUUCUGCAUUCUACUGUUAUACGGUAGUUGUUAACUUCACAUAUAGCCAAAACAAUAAAUGCUAAGGUAAAUCUUUAAUAUGCAAAAAUAAGCAUUUUUUCAAAAAUAAAUAUGAAAGUCGGUGAGUAUGAAAGUUAUGCAUAAAAUUUUGCUCAUUACAACAUGAUUCUUGCAUGGAAGUCAGUAUUUUCAUAGGAAUAUGUACUAAAACUAUGAUGUUAAGCUGCAGUGUAAACCAAGUUUUGAGUGCUUGACGCUUUUCUAGUUGUUACUCUGAACUCCUUUUCAACUUUGCAUUUUGAGCAGCUUCACCUGUGUAAAAUAUAUACCAAUUCUGUAGUAUUUGUAUAAAUAACAUUAAGCCAUGAAAAAUCAGUAUGACUGCAGGUGUCUGGAUCAACAAAUAUCUGGCCUUAAUAGAUAUUCAGUGUUAAUAGGUAGUAAAGUUCCUAUAUGGUAACAUCUUAAUUUUACUAAUACUCAGACUAUGAAACUGAAAGGGUAUUUAAGUGCACAACUUUUUUUUUUUUUUUAAAUGGAUGCAAGUCUUCUGAAAUUACUUUUUUCCCCGUAUUUGGUCAUCUAUACUAUGUCUGAAACAUAGAUUGAUCUAUAUGUCUAAUCUUGCAUUCUUAAAAUACUGAAAAGUAAAUAAUCAACUACUUUGAUUAAUAAAGCUUGUUUUUAAUUGAAAAUACAAGCAGAAUUACUUUCCUUUUGAAUGUCUUGGCAGAAAAGCAAAUCCACAUUAAAUUAUAAAGGUGGAUAGGGACAUUUAAAAGAAGCCUAAAAUAACCCAGUCUGAGAUUCUGGUUUAUUAACAGGAGCUAUAUUUUUUCUUCUCAUUUAAAAAAGUUGCAUUGCUAAAUGGUAGUUACAUAGCAGCCUACUGCAACAGAAGAAUUGUGGAAGUGGUAGUCAUGACUUUCAUUAUUUGGGACUAUGCUCUGAAAGUUUAAACAUGAAAAGGCUGAUGGAUAUUUAACUUGCACAGUUCACUUAAAAAUAUGUAGGUAUUUUAAAAACUUUCUUAAGCUGCUACAGCAUCUUUUCAAUUCUUGAUUUUGGGGAAUGUGCUACUCUUUUUUUUUUUUUCUUUUCCUUUUUUUUGAGACCUAUUUCUACAAGUGUGUAGCAAUAGCGUCCAUAGCAUUUCCUUUUGAAUUUUAAAGUCUCUUUAAGCAAUUUUUUCCAAAGUUUCGGUUAGACAUUUUUACAUUUCUCAUUAGAUUAUUUUUAGCUACUUUGAAAGUAAUUGCCCUCUCAUCAGAAUUAAGAACAUUUUAAAGAAUGACAGAGCCCGUGGUGUUUUCCUGGUUCUGAGCCAAAACUCUAUUAAGUUCCCUUUAAAAUAAACUUCAAUCUCUAGAGACCUGCUAAUGAGCUCUUAAAAAAGUCAUUCGAUUUGCUUGUAAUCUUCAGUACUUUCUCAUUGUCUUCUGAUUUUGUGGGUUUUUUUUCCUCCUGUAAUAUUCUGUGCUUGCCUUUCUUUCAUAAUUUUUGAAUGUCAUACUGCCAAAAUUCUUUAUAUUCUUAUUUGCCUUUAGAAUAGUCUUAUUAUAAGGAAGGUAACCUGUUGCAAGCUAAUUUGCAUAAUAAGGAUUUGCAUUGUAUGUUCAUGUUUUUUAAAUUCAACCCUGAGUCUCCCGCAGAUAUAAAAUGAGCGGUGUGCCAAGUGCAGUGUUCUUUCUUUUUGCCUAGUUAGAGGCUAACGUCUUCUGUGAUGUUAUGUCACGUUUCUGCUCUGACAGGACAGAACAAAACUUGGAGAAGUGGUGAGCAGAGUGUGGGAAGUGGCUGAACUUCUGGUACCUCUAGUGGCAAGCGAAAUGGUUUAGAACUUGAAACUAAAUAAGCUGCAUUAUAACUCCUUCAGUGGAGAAACAAGUAAUAAUGCCACCAUUAGGCUUCAGAAAGAACCUUAGAUAAAAAUAGAGCUCAUGCCUUUUAUGUUACAGCUUAUCAGUUUUAAAUUCAGCAGUUUUACAUUUUAUAUAAAGAUAAAGCUGACUUAUUUUUGUAGCUGCAAGAGAAAUCUUAGUCUUUCAAACUCUUUCAGUGCUCUAUAGUGCUAUAGCAAAGGCUGUUGGAUUUUGUCAAUUCCACUUUUUAAUACUGUGUGAAAAGAUUUUUCCGCAGCAAAACUUAUUCCCAUUUUUUAAUACUAACAUACAUGUCCAAGACCAAAUUGUCUUGUCCUUUCUUUAGUCUUGUUCAGCUCUGUCUAGACAGUCUAAAAUAAUCCUUGAUCUAUUCAAGUUGCAUUCCUAAAUGCUACUGUGGAGGAGAUGAACUUGUCUUUUUCUGCUCAUUUUCAGCAUUUAUUUAUAGAUGCCAGUCUUAAUUUUGCUUGAAUUGUUCAUUAUAAUUAUUACUGCAUUGAAUAAGCUGACUUCCAGUUUGUCAAAACACAGAGCAGUCUCUUUCAUUUGAAACGUGUGGGAGCAAUUUCUGCUGCUCUAUUGACCUGAUGGUCAUUAUAAUGUUUUUUUAAUUGAUACAAUAGGUCACUGAAGUGCAAUAUUCUCAGGUAAUUUUCUCAUUUUACAUAAGGCACAGCUGGAAAUUAGGGAAGGUGCUUAUUUUUAUAUCAGUAUUUCUAUAACACAAGGAGUAAUUGCAUAUGCAGUAGCUGUUACAUAUUAAAAUAUAUUUUUCUAGAAAUUACAUAUUUAUGGUAAGAUUCAUCAUUAGGGCCACAAGAGAUUAUUAUGGACCUCUUUGUGAUUGACUGGCCAAAGAACUUCACCCACUAGUUUCUGCAUCAAAGCCUAAGCUUCCCAUUGGAGUUAGUGUCUGAUAAGCUAUUUAUUUUUUAUAGUGCUCACUUCCUAGUAAACUAGACUAGUGUUUUUUAGUAUGGUCUCUCCUAGCAUAUGUAAUUAAAAUAAGUAUUUUAGAUCUAUGUUUAAAAUUAAAAAUCUGAAUUUUCUACAACUUAUUCUCACCCAAGUAAAGGAUACCUGCUAGAAAAAGCUGUUAGCGUAUUUUUAACAGUUACGAGUUAAAAAUAUAGUCACAGUGAAAAGAAAUUAAUUUCAAUUUGUACUUCAACUCUAAAGAAUUGUGUUUUGCAGCUCUGAUUUCUUUGUCUUCAGCCCUGGAAACAGAAGAGUUGAGGAUUUUGAGAGGCAUAUUUAAAAUGUACAGCAGCAUAUAAAGAAAUGGCACAUUCUCAAUCACAUUCUGCAUGUGUGUUUUGAAAAUAGUUUCAAAACAUACAAAGAUUUUUACUCUCUUGAGGAAAGUGCAACUCUGGAAAUUACAAAAUGUGCUUGCAAAGUUUAUCUUGAUUCUGUACUUGGUGGUAAAGUAUUUUGAAGUGUAAGUUUUAUUGGUUUUGCUUAAGUUAAGGGAACAGCCGGUUGGAUAAAAGAAAAAGUGAAAUGUAAAAAUUAUUCCUGACGUGUCUGUAUACAGAAAAUUAAUCAUUGUCAAAAUACUAGUUUGAUGUUUUAAAAAAAAGCGCCCCAGAGCAAUUUUGUAUCAUAUAAACAAUGUGGGUGUUUUAAAGCUAUGGUGGUAAUAUUAUACAAGAAGAUAUAAUUUUGUAAAUAUCUGUAGCUCUAACUUGGUCAACUGCAGGAUCAGUGCCUGAAAUGUUGCAGCUUCAAGCAGCAUCAUACUUGACAGGUGUAGCAUCAGUGUUGAACUGUUUAUUGUGGGAGAUAACUGUCAUGUAUAUGUUCAAAGUGCAAUAAAGGAUUAAAUUGCUGAA